AUGCCGCUCCAGCAUGGCCCUCGAGUGGGAGUGGCAGCAGCUGCCGGUGCUGCUCGUCCCCGCAGUCUCCCCGGCCGACCUACUAGCCUCCCGUGCCGCGGCAGCAGGACCAGGACGAGGGCGCUGGUUCUAGUAGCCGCAACGACAAGAGAAGGGGCGAAGACGGCGGCGGACGUGGUGAGGGAGUUCUACGACGGCGUGAACCGGCGGGACCUGGCGGCGGUGGAGCCGCUCAUCGCGGAGGGCUGCGUGUACGAGGACCUGGUGUUCCCGCGGCCCUUCGUGGGGCGGGAGCGGAUCAUCGGCUUCUUCGGCGAGUUCAUGGGGACCAUCAGCCCCGACCUCCAGUUCGUCAUCGACGACAUCUCCGCCGAUGACUCCGCCGCCGUCGGGGUCACCUGGCACCUGGAGUGGAGGGGGAGGCCGUUUCCGUUCAGCAGGGGAUGCAGCUUCUACCGCUUGCUCGCCUCGGAGUCGGAGCAGCAGCCGCUGCAGAUUGUGUAUGGCCGAGACUGCGUGGAGCCUGCCGCCAAGCCCGGGGAUUUGGCACUGGUAAUCAUCAGGGGAGUGACAUGGAUCCUUGAACGAUUUCCGAGCCUUGCAAGCAGGCUCUGA